GGCUGCCGGCUGCCGCGGCGUGCCGAGCCGCUGCCGGUGCUGCCCCAGCGCCUCUGUGCCAGCGGGGGGAGAUUCUCGCUGCCGCGCCUCUGGGCUCGCUGCUGCUGCGAGACUGGGAAGCAGAUCCGGAGGUGUGCGUGCGUGUGCCAGGAGAUGCGGAGCGCGUUUGGCUGAGGCGCCUGGCCCCUGGGAAGCUGCUCUGCGAGAAGAGGCGGAGAGAGGCGGUGGGAAGGAGGCAGGAGCAGAACUGAAGUACAGCACAGCUGUUUCCGAAUACUCUGGUUCUUUUGCGUGCCUCAAUGAUUGUGAACAUGGAUUCUGUCACUGAAAUCUUCUUGAAGCUGCUCUUUCUCCUGUGUGUUCAUCGCCAGCACAUGGCAGUGACAGGGAAUAAAUAUAAUUGUGAUGAUCAGCUGGUGUCUGCUUUGCCUCAGUCAUCAUUCAGUAGCUCAUCAGAGCUGUCUAGCAGUCACAGCCCUGGAUUUGCAAGGCUUAAUCGAAGAGAGGGUGCUGGUGGCUGGUCUCCAUUUGUGUCCAAUAAAUAUCAAUGGCUUCAGAUUGAUCUUGGAGAAAGAACUGAGAUUACUGCUGUUGCUACUCAAGGUGGUUAUGGGAGCUCAGACUGGGUAACAAGCUACCUUCUGAUGUUCAGUGACAGUGGACAGAAUUGGAAGCAAUAUCGUCAAGAAGAAAGCAUUUGGGCCUUUUCUGGAAACACAAAUGCAGACAGUGUUGUUUACUAUAAGCUUCAGCAUUCUAUUAAAGCAAGAUUUCUCCGUUUUGUGCCUUUGGACUGGAAUCCAAAUGGCAGGAUUGGAAUGCGCAUUGAAGCAUACGGAUGCACAUAUAGGUCUGAGGUGGUUGGCUUUGAUGGGAAAAGUUGUCUAAUUUACACAUUAAAUAGAAAACUCAUUAAUACAGUGAAAGAUGUGAUUUCUCUGAAGUUUAAGACAAUGCAAAGUGAUGGAAUUCUCCUCCACAGAGAAGGACAAAAUGGAGACCACAUCACCAUGGAAUUAACUAAAGGGAAGCUGUCCCUACUCAUUAAUUUAGGUGAUACUAAAACUCAUCCUCCUAAUGCCCAAAUUAAUAUUACGCUGGGCAGCCUUUUGGAUGAUCAACACUGGCAUUCUGUUCUCAUUGAGCAUUUUAACAAUCAAGUAAACUUUACAGUGGAUAAACACACUCAUCAUUUUCAUGCAAAAGGAGAAUUCAGUUAUUUGGACCUUGAUUAUGAGCUCAGCUUUGGAGGGAUCCCAGUGCCUGGAAAAUCAGGGACAUUAUCACGCAGGAAUUUUCAUGGGUGUUUUGAAAAUAUUUAUUAUAAUGGAGUGAACAUUAUUGACCUGGCCAGAAGGCAUAAAUCUCAGAUCUACAUUGUGGGCAAUAUGUCCUUCUCAUGUUUAGAGCCAAAGGUAGUUCCUGUGACAUUUCUGAGCUCCAGCAGUUUCCUGGCACUGCGAGGCACAUCAGGGCAAGAUGAAGUAUUUGUCAGUUUUCAGUUUCGCACUUGGAACAAGGAUGGACUUCUAUUAUCCAGUAAACUGCACCAGUCUUCAGGUGGUUUCCUCUUAUAUCUGAGUGAUGGGAGAGUCAAAAUCAAUCUUCAUAAAACAGGAAGAGUACUGAGUGACAUCGCUGCAGGUGCUGGAUUAAAUAACGGGCAGUGGCAUUCUGUGUCCCUCUCUGUCAAAAGGAAUCGGAUCAGUGUAAGAGUAGACAAUGAUGUGACCUCAUCUGCUCAUGCCUUCAUACCUCUGCAGAUUUAUUCAGAUGUUUUCUACUUUGGAGGCUGUCCUAGCAGUGGAAACAUUUCUGAAUGUAAUACCUCAUUUGGUGGUUUUCAAGGAUGCAUGCGACAUAUUUCCAUUGGUAAUAAAGCAGUGGAUAUGAUCUCUAUUCAGCAGAACGGUUUUGGCAAUUUCAGUGAUCUUCAGAUAGAUUUAUGUGGCAUUACAGACAGGUGUUUGCCUAAUUACUGUGAACAUGGUGGUGAGUGCUCACAGUCCUGGAACAGUUUCCACUGUAACUGUGCCAAUACUGGUUACAAGGGAGCUACUUGUCACUAUCCCAUAUAUGAGCAAUCAUGUGAAGCCUAUAAGCACAGAGGGAACACUUCAGGCUUUUACAGUAUUGAUUCAGAUGGAAGUGGCCCCUUGGGACCAUUUCUUGUGUACUGCAAUAUGACAGAUACAACGUGGACAAUUAUACAGCAUAACAGCACCAACCUAACCAGAGUUAAAAGUGCUAAUCGAGAGAACCCACACACUGUGUUUUUCAAGUAUUCUGCCAGCCUAGACCAGCUUCAGGCUACAAUAAACCUUGCAGAUCACUGUGAACAGGAGCUUGCUUACUACUGCAAAAAGUCAAGGCUUUUAGAUAAGUCAGAUGGGAUGCCACUGAGCUGGUGGAUCGGAAGAACCAAUGAAACUCAUACUUACUGGGGAGGUUCCUUGCCUGCUGUACAAAAAUGUGCUUGUGGACUGGAGGGAAGCUGCAUUGAUUCCCAGCAUUACUGCAACUGUGAUGCGGACAGGGAUGAAUGGACAAAUGAUACGGGCUUCCUCUCCUACAAGGACCAUCUACCAGUAACUGAGAUUGUGAUCACAGAUACUGACAGACCAAACUCGGAAGCUGCUUACAAACUGGGGCCUUUGCUUUGUCGUGGUGAUAGAACAUUUUGGAAUUCAGCUUCCUUCAACACAGAGACGUCCUACCUACAUUUCCCCACCUUCCAUGGAGAAUUCAGUGCAGAUGUCUCAUUUUUCUUUAAAACUACUGCAUCCUCAGGAGUGUUUUUAGAGAACCUGGGAAUUCAAGACUUCAUAAGGAUAGAGUUGCAGUCUCCUUAUGAAGUGGCUUUUUCAUUUGACGUGGGAAAUGGACCUAGCGAAGUCAUAGUGCAAUCACGCAAUUCCUUAAAUGACAACCAGUGGCAUUAUGUGAAGGCUGAACGAAAUGUCAAAGAGGCUUCCUUGCAAAUAGAUCAACUUCCUCAGAGAUCUCACAGUGCUCCACCUGAUGGACAUAUUCGCUUGCAACUCAACAGCCAGCUUUUUGUCGGUGGAACAGCAUCCAGGCAGAAAGGAUUUUUGGGAUGUAUUCGUUCAUUACGGUUGAAUGGAAUGGCCCUUGAUCUGGAAGAGAGAGCAAAGAUAACACCAGGAGUUGAACCAGGCUGCCCUGGACAUUGUAGCAGUUAUGGUAACCUGUGCCACAAUGGUGGAAAAUGUAGAGAGAAAUACAGUGGAUUCUCCUGUGACUGCACUUUCUCAGCCUAUACUGGUCCAUUCUGUAAGAAAGAGAUCUCUGCCUAUUUUUGGACUGGCACUUCUGUGACAUACAACUUUCAAGAAUACUACACAUUAGCUAAAAAUUCCAGUUCUCAUGCUUCUUCUUUCUAUGCUGACAUGACACUGGCCAGGGAAGCAAUUACAUUUGCCUUUCGAACAACACGGAUGCCAAGCUUACUGCUCUAUGUCAGCUCCUUCUACAAGGAAUACCUCUCAGUCAUUCUCACCAGGAAUGGAAGUUUACAGAUUAGGUACAAGUUAGAUAGCCAUCAAGAUCCUGAUGUCUUUAGCAUCAGUUUCAAAAGCAUGGCCGAUGGACAACCACAACAUGUGAAGAUUAACAGAGAGGAGGAAACGCUAUUUGUAGAGGUUAACCAGAAUGAAAGAAUGAAGUUUAUUCUGUCUUCAGGCACAGAAUUCAAUGCAAUCAAGUCUCUCACACUUGGGAAGAUUUUAGAAAACAGUGAUGUAGAUGAGGAGACUAUGAAGGCAAACUCUCAGGGGUUUGUUGGCUGUCUAUCUUCAGUGCAGUUCAACCACAUUGCUCCUUUGAAGGCUGCACUGCACCACAGCAGCUCAGCCCCUGUCAUUGUAAAAGGGCGUUUCACUGAAUCCAGCUGUGGUACUUUAACUGGAGCUGACUCAACAUCAAGUGAAACAACCCAUUCAUUUGCAGAUCACUCUGGACCAAUAGAUGAGGGAAAGCCCUUAGCUAAUGCAAUCAGAAGUGACUCUGCAAUUAUUGGAGGUGUGAUAGCAGUUGUUAUAUUCAUCCUGCUUUGCAUCACAGCCAUAGCCAUACGCAUUUAUAAAAAAAAAGGCAUAUACUCAAAAAAUGAGGCAAAAGGAUCUGAAAAUGAAGACAGUGCUGAAUCUGCAUUGAAAAGUGAGCUCAGCAUGCAAAACACAGCCAAUGAAAAUCAAAAGGAAUACUUCUUCUGAUUGUCAUUAAUGAUUUAAUCUAAUAUAAUGAUGUGACAGUCUGACUUUCUUGCUAAGCCAGGGGGCUCUCACUGGGCAGAAGAUGUUCUUGCACACUACUCUAAAUGCAAUGGAUUUGAGACUUACUAUACUUGAUAUGUUCAGUCUCAGUGAUUGCUGUAGCGGGCCUCUUUAAAUUACAUGCAUUCCUUAGCUAUUAUACCGUAAAUGCAUUUUAUGUAACAGUGAAUUAGAUAUUGUAACCAAUUUCAUUGUUGGUAGUUUCCGACUGUUCUAAUGUGACCUUCUACAAAUGAAGUUUAAUGUACACACUGAAUAUGAUUUUUGAAUGGGAAAAUUGUUAUGAAUUUAUUCCUAUCCUUUUCUUUAAAAUUUGAUUGAUGAUUUUUUUUGUUCAAGGUGAAAGGUAAAUUAAUACUUUGUGUUACUAAAGAAAUUCUGCUGUGCUGCAUUAUGGUGAUCCAUCUUACUUCCUCAAACUGAAAAUGCCUUUUGAGCUGCUGUUGGCUGGUGUCAGCAUCUGCUUGUGAGCCAUGGCAUUUGAUGUCCAGAACAAACCGUAUUUUUUAACCCUGGGAUAUGACUGAUAUCUUCAUUAUCCCUUCCUUUUGUCGGGCUUAGCAGAACUGAAGAGUGUACAGUGGGUUGAAAUAUUUUAAAAUCUCUUUUUCAGUAGAUUUUCACAUAUGGUCAGGUGAUGGCACCAAGAGACUCAUGCACAUUCUGGGCAUUUUGAAUAAAACAGGGAGGAAAAGGCAAGACCUUUGCUUAGAAAGAUAACUAAAAGACUAUCAAUAGUUAAUUUAUCAAGAGUGAAAACACCAAAAGAUGGUCAAGGUUACUGUCCCUGGAAAUUAGUGAUGAUGCUUCUGUCAAGAAGUAAUGCUCAGUGCACUAACUGGGUUGUAUUCUCUGAAACUGUUGUAUCUAUGAUUUGCUCCAGGCCUCAAGUCUAAUUUUUUUCAAUGUUAUAGAAAUUAUACAGGGAAUACAUGAACACUUUCAUUCUGCACUCUUAAUAGUACCUGCAAUACCUUUGUGAUAAAAAGUCUGAUUACACCACUCAAAAUUAAAAAGGUGCUUACUAUGCUGAGAGAGUAAAUGAAAGCUAUUUAUAUUGUACAAACAAAUUGUUAGAUAUGAAGGCUAGGUUUAAGUUGUCUAAAAAGAAGAUUGUAAGCUCACUUCAGACACCAUAGGUUAUCUGAAAUACCCAUGUGGCCUGAUGUGAAUGUCAUAGAUUCUACAGAAGGUAUGUGUCUUUUGGUAGAAGGCAUUAUAAAUGGCAUUAGAUGACAAUAUUUAGGUAACUGACCCACACAAACCAUUUUUCAGUUUUCCCUAGUGAGAUGACUGGGUGUCUGGAGCUUGGAUCUGAGAAAACAAACAAGAUUUCUGUGACCUUGUAAACUUGAGUUUGAAAUUUAAAUAUCUUCCAGAAUUUAUUUAUAUCUACUCCCUUUGAAAGCAAUGAGAACAGUCAUUGUUUUUCUAUUCAAAGAAUCAAAACUAGACCCUAGAUUGUGCAGUUUAGAAAAUGUUUAUCAUAGGUGCCCAAUAACAUUAUAAAGAUAUGGAAAACUGAUAUGGUAUGCCAAAACCCUUAAUAUGUAAAUUUCUUUACAUAGAUAGUAAUUGUAAAUAUAAAUGUCCAGCAGAUGUUUUCAUUUAAAACUUACUUUCUUCCAUCAGUCUUUACUUUCUUUUUUCAGAAUUCUACCAUUCCUUUCUCCUUCCUUCUAUACAGAUUUACUUAAUUUUUAGGAAAAAUCAUUUCCUUUUUUUGGGUGCCUGGAUGCUCUGCAACCAUAAAUUGUUCAGAUUAACAUGUAGUGCUUUCUUGUUUUCAUUUUUGCAAUUCUGUUUGCAUCUCUGAUAGAUUAAUCAGGCUGAGGACCCAGGAUCAAGAGCUGUAUCCAUGUUGUGGAUUUCAGACAGUUUGCUUCAUGUUAAGAGGUCACCUUUAGGAAGGCUAGAGUACUGAACUAUUCUUAAUAAAAUAUGAUGAAAAUAUCUUGUUUGUGGAUGGGGAGUGGUGGAGGUGAAAGCCUCACGUGAGCCAUGACAAGAAGACUUUGAAUUAUUAAGUUUACUAGUCUGAACCUUCUCAUCUACUUACUUUGAAGUGAAAAUUAUGACUCCUUUUUGAGGCUGUGACCUAAUUUGCAUUAAAUUCAAGAGGAGCCCUCCCAUGGACUUCUCUGCAACCAAAGCCUCUGCAUUUCAGGAGAUUUUCCCUUUCUGCUAUAGACAUGUAGGUAUCCACCUCUUAGUGCCACUUAUAUCAACAGAGUCACCUGCAGGGUGUGUCCCAGUCAACUCUAUUUUUUGUCGUUGUGGGAUGUAGUAACAAUGUGGGACAAAACCUAUAAGAUGAUUAUUAUAGUACACCAAAGCAGAUAUUCUGAUUGAAUAAUAAAAGACAGGUUGUCUUUUAUCUUAACUCUCACAUGAGAGUUGCUCAUAUAAACCUAAGAAAGCUUAAAUUUUACCCACAACAAGACAAGUUGGAAGAAUGUAAACCUAACUUUUCAAUCACUUGCCCUUAGUUUUAUUGCCUUGCAAAGUUUUAUUGUGUGUCUUUCCUUACUUUAUUUUGUUCCAAAUGAAUACUUUCUUUCCCUAUUCCUCAGAAUUUUUAAAAGGAACAGGAAGGGGAAAGCUUAAUAAAAUCCCUAUUUCACUAGAUAAAAAGGCGGAGGAGGAUAAAAAAAUGCCUGUAUGAGUGGCACAUUAUCUCAUUCAAAGACUUAUUUUAAGGCAUUUUAUUUUGUGAGGGAUUCUAAGAGGGAAAAGAUAUAUGGAUUUUGUUGAAUGAACAUCUGUAGAUUUGUAGAAUAAGUCAGUUACGUCUCCCUGAAGAUGCAAAUGCCCAUUUUCAUCCGUAGGAACAGUGAUCACAUGUUUGUCACCUUAAUCUAAAAUAUACAUGUUUGAAAUCAAUGAAGCAGCAUUUUUCAUUACUUGCUGCAUUUCUAUGGGGAUAAAAAAAUGGUGGCACCGAAGUGCGCUAAAAUGUCAUGGAACAUUGUGCUGUCCCUUUUUGAUUCUCUAUUCCAUUGUGUGAUUUUCACCUCACUGUUAAUAAAGACUUUUUAAAAUAAAGUGAGGAAAAUAUUUUUUAAAAGAAUUUGUAUUAAAAAGUUUAAAAUUGACAACAAUAUACUGAUUUUUUUUCCAACAGUAAAUAUAUGUAGAAGUGCACAUAAUAUAUUGGUGAGUGUGGUUAUUUGUAGAUACUUUGGAGCACUAAUGUGACAAAUUUGCUAUGCAUUGACACAUUUUCCAUGGGAAAUAUAUUUUUUCUUAAGUACAUUAGAAAAUAAAUAGCAUCAUGUAUGUUGGUACAUUUUUAAAGCUUUGUGUGAGCUCUAGCUAUAAAGACUUAUUUAUGUACUCAACAUUUAGCAUAUAAAUAUGAUUUAUUUAGGUUUUGGGAAAACAUUUUCCAAUACAUCCACUGUUGUGUAAAUGAAGAAUAUGUUAUAAAACAAGUGCACAACUUAACAUGAAAUGUAGUCACAGUCAAAAUAAAUUUACAAUAUUGUUAUUCAUGGCAGCAAUGUACAAGAAAAAAGGCAUGUCAAAGACAAAAUUUCUUUAAGGAAUCACCUGAACAAAUUCAGAACAUGCAACUAUUGCAACUUAGCAGGGAAUUGAUAAGAAACUAUCAUUUUGAAAUAAAAUUAGUUACUUUUAGAAGCAAUUGUAGUUGUUUACACUCAAGGCAGAGAUAUAGUUGCAUAAGUGUGUGAUGCUACAGGAAAAGAAUGUUCUUUGUAACAGAAAAAAUAUUUCCAGAGUCAGAAAACCUAAUUCUGAAAAAGCUUGUGCCUUAGCUUCUGAGUGCAAUGCACAUUCUCUGGAGUAAAUAUGCAGAAACGUGACAUAAUUUUUUGCAGAUUGAGCACCUAAUUCUGCAGCUGAAAGUAUGGUAAUUCCUUAGUGUUCCUGAACAUUUAAUGAGAUUGUGCAUUAUCAAAUGCACAAGAAGAAAAGUAAAAAAUCUUUCAAAAAUUAGUGUUGACUGAAAAGAUACACGUGUAAAUGUAUGGAAGUAGUUUCAGUGUUGUUUUUGUUUUCAGUGCGAACAACAACAUGCUUAAAAGAAUACAGAUCAGAAAGGAUGUACCCUUUAAACUUCCUCUGUUUGGAACCUUCUCCUGAGGCCUUUUGGCAGUGGUGGUAAGAGAAGGGUUUAAUGAGUUUGAGUACAGAAAUUCUCAGGCUGCUAAUUUGAGAAACAGAAACAAAACCACAAAGGUGUUCCAUAGACUGUGCUUUGCUAAGAAGUCAUGCUGAUCUUUAUUCUUGAAGGACCGUCUGAAAAGUAAUUUUUGAGCUGGCACAAAAACUUUUAAAAACUGGCACUACUCUUUGGAUACAUUCCCCAAACCUCUUAAUCUUUGCUCUUCCCAUUUCUUAGAAAGGAAUCAGACAUCACAAUAUCAUUGCAAAGAGAUGGAUGCUCUUAUAUCAAAUACUGACAUAAAAUCUCACUUAAAUUUAUAUGAAUUUCUGAUGCAUGAUGAAAUGUUGAUGUUUCUAACAUUUUGUAUAAAUAGCAUUGAAUAAAUCAUUCCUAAAAUGUUUAUUAAAUAGAAUGGUAAAUCCACAGUAAAAAUCAACUUUAGCCUAUGAGGAAACGUGUGUGCACACACAUGCACACACACAUGCAUGUAGAUAGGCUAUGAAGUCAGUGAGAAGAUUCUUUAAAUUUUAUAAUUUCCUUUAUAUUAUGUCAAAUAUUGAAGAAACGCCAAGAGUGCAGAACCAUCCUCCCCACACUCCCUCUGUUUGGAAAUAUUAAAACUAUUUCAAGAAAUAGUUGAGAUUUUCAGAGGUUUUUCAAGGGGGCAAAAAAUAAGAUCUUGAAGUCUCUUCAAGGACUGUAAGAGGUAGACAACCAGACUUCUGGUAAAAAAGGUUGCAGCAUUCCUCACAUACAGACAAGGAUUUUUUAAAAUUGUUUUUUAUUUACAUCUAGGGCUUGUGAAAUUAUUUGACUGAUAUCAAAAUAAAUUUCAUACACACAUACAUAAAUCACUACAUUGAUCAUCAUAUUUUAACUGCUAUGUACUAUGUGUGCUAAAAAAGUUCUAACUCAUUAGUAAUCCCUGACCCAGCUAAUAUGUCUUUUACCAAUUCAGUUGAAGUGUACUUCUCCUAGUCAGUCACCUGAUUUUAUUUAGCACCAGGGCUCAUGCCUUUAGAUUAGGUGAGAGAGUGGACAUCAACUAUAUCUGCAGAAGAGAAACAGAUACUCAAAAUCAUUCUGAAGUCCAAGAAAAUUGACAAUAAGUUGUCAAUGAGUUGAACUGGAUUUCAUCACUGUGAAUUUGUCAUCAGGAACCUAGUGAUAACAACAUAAAAAGAAAUAUUAAAAUAAUGCUUAUAUUCUUCUACAAACCAGCUGAUAACAGAUAGGGCCUGGUAGUCUUUAUAUGUUACACGUUUUAGCA